AUGCACAACUUACAACAACGUGCCAAUGUGGCAUUCUCCUUUGCAUGCACCGUCCUCGGUUCUAUCUUGGCCGUCAUUGCCGCCAUCUCGUACAUUACCGGUUAUCCCACCGUUCCAAGCGAUAUCAGGGUGGAUACCAAUGCAUUACGCGUUGUGAGUCGGCGAUACGGACCUGAAUACUACGACUAUGGCACUCCCAAGAGCCACUUUGCCAAAGUCAACUUUGAUUUGGAUGUCGAUUUCACUCCUGUUUUCAAUUGGAAUACCAAGCAAGUGUUCGUUACUGUGGUGGCUGAAUAUGAAUCCAAGACACAUGAUCGCAAUUCGAUUGUUUUGUGGGAUCAUAUCAUUGAAAGCAAGCAAGAUGCCAAUUUGACGCUUCGUAACAUCCAAAACAAGUAUGCAUUUAUCGAUGUGAGCCGUAAAUGGAGCCAUCAACCAAUUGACUUGUCUCUCCGAUGGGAUAUUACGCCUCAUGUCGGUGUCCUGCAAAGUGGGCGUUCGGCAUCCAAUCCAGUCAAUAUUGUACUUGCACCUGCUGAACAAGCCUAG